ACUUUUUUCUUCGCCGCUUCCAAUCCCUCUUUGUGUUGGUGUUCUUCUUCUUCUUCUUCUUCUUCUCUUCCCUCUUGGCGGCGAGCGGCUAUGGCGACGACUCAGGCGGUGGCGAAGGGGAGCGUGGUGUCUCCGUGCGGCAACCGGGCGGCGGGGUUUCUCGGCAGGCGGCGGGGCGCCGUGGCGGCGCGCAUGUCGCCCUCUGCGCCACCGACGAUGCGGAUCGGCCGGAAGACCCCGUUCCUUGGCGGGAGGCUGGCGGUUGUUCCCAGGAGAUCCAAGCUCGUUGCCCGGAAUCUCGUCUCAUCGCCGGUACAGAUGAACCUUGCGUUUGCGAAAGCCAUAAAGUGGUGGGAGAAGGGGCUUCAGCCCAACAUGCGGGAGGUCGAGUCCGCCCAAGACCUGGUCGACUCGUUGGCCAACGCCGGCGACAGGCUUGUCGUCGUCGACUUCUUUUCCCCUGGCUGCGGUGGCUGCCGGGCCCUUCACCCCAAGAUUUGCCAGUUUGCGGAGCAGAACCCAGAUGUGCUCUUCUUGCAGGUGAACUAUGAGGAGCACAAGUCUAUGUGCUACAGCCUUCACGUUCAUGUUCUCCCCUUCUUCAGGUUCUACAGGGGAGCACAAGGCCGAGUCUGCAGCUUCAGCUGUACUAACGCAACUAUUAAGAAGUUCAGGGAUGCGCUUGCCAAGCACAAUCCAGAUAGAUGUAGCAUUGGCCCGACGAGGGGGCUUGAGGAGUCUGAGCUGUUGGCCUUGGCUGCGAACAAGGACUUGCAGUUCACCUAUACCAAGCAGCCGGAACCAGUUCCGAGUGGAGGCACCGAGGUCAUUGCUCCUGAGAGCCCAAGGCUUCCUGCACCGGCAAAGCCAUUAGUUAGGCAAGGCUCUGGAGAGAGGUCCUUGGUUUCGUCAGGAAGAUGAGAUGAUAUUAUCAUGCGACGAUGGUCUGUUCUGUACAGUUUCUCGGUUCUUGGUGUGUACAGGUUGUACCCAACUCAUGGUUGUGUAGAGUGCAGGCUUGGAAGAUUUUUACUGCUUGUCAAGCCUGCCCGCCCGUCCGAUAGAGGCGUAGUGGUAGCAUACCGCUGUAGUAGUGGCAGAAAGUGUUGUGCGUCUUCUCUGCCAGUAAAUUUUAUUGUAGCCGAAUGAGUUAAAUCUGUGUGCUAUUUUAUCGUGACUGGAAGGCUUAGUUGCUCUCUUACCACUAAGUACCGUUUUGGACUUUU